CUGGUGUCGACAUCUAGUGACGAUUUCAUAAUGAGCAAAAUGUUUGUAAAUAGUUGACAGAAGGAUCUAAACCCUCUUUUAUUUAGAUUAUUAAUUGAAUUCGCCUAUUCAGAUAUUAGUUUACAUACGCCUUUUAAACGUAUGUAUCUACGCACUAGACGCUGACUGUCAGACAGGUGCUACAAAGUAACAUAUUUUUAAUAGACAUUGACUGUACAUAAAGACCUGGGAAUGGGUAAUUCAAAAUCCACAAAAUGUGCAGAGACAGUUUCUCUUGGAAUGCCUCAGAAGGAAAGGGAUCUCCAUCUGGCUGUGAUGGCUAACGAUAAAGAGGGAGUAAAAUUAUGUGUUACACAUGGAGCUGAUCUGAACUAUCCCUGGAGUAAUCCAGAUGUACCAAGUGUUAAAGAUAGUACAACUCCUAUGUUGGCAGCUGUUUCUUUAAACCAUGUAGAAAUUACUGAGAUUUUGAUAAGAGCAGGGGCAAAGAUAAAUAUGACUGAUAGAAAUGACUGUACACCUCUGUAUAAAGCUGCUUUCCAUGGGAGACCUAUUUUGCUAGAUAUUUUGUUAAAAGCUGGUGCUGACAUUAACAAAUGUGACAAAGCUGGACAGACUCCAUUGUAUAUAUGUGUACAGAAUGCCAUUGUACAUUCCAGUUAUAGAGCUGUAGAGAGACUUCUUUCUGGUGGGGCAUCAUUACAAUUGUCUGACAAUGCUGGUAAAUCUCCACUGCAUGUAGCAGCCCACUGGAAGCUGAAAGAUAUGAUCAAAAUUCUUCUCAGAGCUGAUACUGAUGUUAACAAACUUGAUAAUAAGGGUCGUACCCCUCUGUAUGUAUGUGUCAGCUCGCUCAGUACUGGUCUCUACAAGGAAGAUUUGAAAUAUCAAGUUCCCUGUAUCAAGGUCCUGUAUUCUGCUGGAUGUGAUAUGUUAAACUUGACAGACUGGAUCAAAUGGAAGGGUCCAGGGAUUCCUGAGGAACUGAUGGCUGAUGAUCCAGCAUUCCUCGAAUGGUACAAAAAUAACAUGAACUCGCCACAUAGUCUGGCUAAUCUUAGUCGUCUAGUCAUACAAAAGAGACUUUACCAGCACCGAAAAAGAAAUAUUGUUCAACUGGUUCCAAAAUUACCUGUUCCUUGUAAAGUGAAGACUUAUUUGAGCCGAGCUAUGUUUCAUCUUCCCACUCCCAACACAUCUAUCUAGCCUACACCUAAUUACAACAUGUACAAUGUUUAAAACAUGGUCAGGCCGAUGAUGAAAUCCAUUUUUUUUGCACACAUAAUGCAUAAGAAAAAGAAAAUUUUCCGUAAGAAAUCACAUGGAUUAGCUUCGGCCAAAGGAAAAUAGACAUUAGAAACGAUUACAUGUCCUUUCAUUUCAAAUUUUCUGAUGUGUAAAUUAAUAUUUACAGACAGUAAAUAAAGUGCAAAGGUUUUAUUUCCUUUUUUACUAACCCUUCAUGGAAAAUGAAAUGCUAGUAGUUUCAUUAUCAUGAUUAAUAUCAAAUCAAACCAAUAUCUGUGAGGUUUUCUAUUGCACUAGAUUCACAUUAGAAUAUAUGACAAAACAGCUUCCAGUGAUCAGAUAGAAUGGCAUUUUGAAAAUAAAAUGCAAUGGCUAUGUUUAGUUGGUGAUUGAAAUUAUAUAUCUGAAUGAGUAUUAGAAUUUACCGAUUCUGAAAUGAGUAAAGGGUGUAAAGUGGGCCCUCAUUCCAUUAAAAAAACAUUAUUAUUUCAACACCAGAGAAACCAUUUUAAAUAGCCAUAGUGUUUGUUGAUAAGAAGCCGUAGUUCCUUUUUCUUUUCUAAUCAAACGGGACAUCUGAAAUUGUUAUCUGUUACAAUUAAGAAUUCUCUGAUCAAAAGGGACAACUAGCAUAUAGUGUUACAAACUAGUAUUGUUUGUUGAUGAGCAGCCACUGUUCCAGUUUCUUCUUUGAUCAAAAUGGCAUAUACUGUUACAAACUAGUAUUGUUUGUUGAUAAGCAGCAGGUCUGCUUUGUAAGCCAAGUUGGCGGGAAAAAAAACCCUUUAUUUUAUUGCACAGUUUUGACUUUUUAUAUAACUAGAUAAACAUACAGUGGCGGAUCCAGAGGGUUUCUGGGGGUUUGAACCCCCUUUUUAGGUCUAUCAAUGCAUUGAAUGAGGACAUAUAGUUGGACCCCAUCCCUUUUGAUCCUGGGUUAGAACCCCCGCCCCUAUUUUGAAUGGCUGGAUCCGCACCUGACUUAUAUAUUUUAUUUUACUAAUUGAUUUGACCUGAUUAUAUAUGGCCGUGUAACUGAUGAUGUUGCUAAUUAAAAAAUUUCGAAUGUAAUUGUGUUACAAAUAAUUAGUUUUUAUAACUUUGUUGUACAAAAUGUAUCACAUAUUCUCUAUAUCCAAUAAGACAGCAUUUCACCAAUACAAAACUUAGUGUAUUCUCAUUAUUGUAAGGAUGAACAAGGAUAUGUAAAAUGAAAGUUUCAAACAAGGCUUCCAAAACGGUCAUAUAUUCCGGUCAUUUGUAUAAUGUCCGUUAAAAGUCCGACUGGGCAAAGCAUGAAACGGUCAUAUACUUUUUUGUUUUCAAGCUUUUUUCUGUCAUUUUAAAAUAUUUUAUGAUCUUUUUGACCCAACCUUUUGCCUUUAACAGCCACAAAUUUCGGGUCAUAAAAGUGACAUGAUGAUUAAUUACUAUCAAAACAACCCUUACUACAAUCCUUUCUUAUUUUAAUUAAGACUAAUUAGUUGUUGGACAGCUGAAAACUACCUGUUCAGGUGACAGGUAAACUAUUUUCAAACUUUCAAAAUCUGUAAAGUUUAUUUUUGCAUGAAAUAUAAUCAAAAUCCUUUGAUACUGAAUUGAUAUUUAUAUCUUUCAAGGGUUUUCACUACUUUUGAUAUACACAAAAUAUAGUGCAUUGAUCAUAACAUUCUAUGAAUCCUAUCCAUGGACAUUUCCAGAAAUUUAUCAAUUAAAUAUGUGAUCAGAUAUUUAUGUUACAAAUGAUAUUAUACCUUGCAAGAAAAUUUGGUAAGGUGCAGGAAUAUCUAAUAUCUGUUCUCAAAAUAUCAAUGAUGUCAUUGUUAAAGUAAUCUUUAAAAUUGGAGUUAUCUUCCUUUGUCUAUAAUUGUAGUUGAAUCAACUACAACCAAUGCUUCAUACAAUGCAAUGUUCACUUUUACUCCCACUGAUAAGUUAAAGCAAGCUUUACCCGUCUCUAUGAUUUUUAUGCCCGCGGCCUGGCGGAGGGGGCAUUAAGUUUUACCCUUGUCGGUCUGUACAUCUCAAAAUUGGUUUCCAUUCACUAACUUUAGUUUGCCUCAACCAAAUGAUAUGAAACUUAUAGACACUGCUUAUUACCAAAAUAAAAACCAGAUCAAGUUGAACUUAUAGACACUGCUUAUUACCAAACAAACAGAUCAAGUUGAAUUUUGGUAGUUACACUUUAACUAUUAGCUAUGUGCCUUUAAAAAAUCGAAGAAAAAAAUUUAGUUGCCUUCUGUUAUUUAUGUUUGCCUAAACCAAACAUUAUGAAACCUAUACACAUACUCAUUACCACAAAACUCAGAUCAAGUACAAAUUUGGGUAUUGUCGCUUUUAAAGUUCUUGAGUUAUGCCCCUAUAUAAUGUUGUAUGCAAGCGGGGCGUCAUCUGUGUCCAUUCUCCAUUUUUUUUUAUAGAAUUCCUGUCAAUGAUGAAGUAGCUGUUUAAGCCAUGUGGGAUCAGGUUAAGCUUAUAAUGUUAUAUUAUUAUCCAUUUUCUUCCUAAUGAUGAACUGAAUAUAUUUACAUGUUCUAGUGGAGAAUUUGUAUUUUGACCUAUAUUUGACACCUCAUUUCAUUAUCUUGUAAAGGAUUUAUGCCUGCAGUUAAAGUAUUUUGCACAUCAAAACUUUGGGGCAUUAACAGAGCAACAAAAUGUUUGAUUUUUACAUCAAGAAACAAAAUGAUGGCUUUAAACUAUUUAAAUCUAUCAUGCAAGAAACUUUUUUCGUAACACUCACCAAAAUGAUUAGUCAUCAUAUACCUCUGCUCUUCAAAUGAAGAUACAUUGAACUUUGAAAAUAAAUGAAGGUCCAUAGUAACUUUAUAAAUAUAUAGUACCAUUUCUUCAGUAUUCUUCAUUUGGUUGAAAAUGGAAUGAUAUUAUAGAAGAUGUUCAUACUUUUAAUUGAUGUUUUGAUUGCUGAGCAUAUUGAUGUUUUAUGUGUGCUAUGAAAAUAUUGACCUAUGAUGAGUAUUUAUUGUACUUUUAAAACAUAUUCAGUUUACCAUAUGCAUUUUUCUUAUUGUUUAUUUUCCAUUCCUUAUGUAUACAACAUAUUACAAGUUGUAAAUACUGUUCCUAUUAUGAAUUAAUGGUAAUUUGUAUAUGUUAUUUAGAUCUAUAUAUACAUGAUAUAUAUUAUAUAUCAUGUUUUUGCUUAAAUUUUAAUUGGAUUUAUAUCCUUAUAAGUAAUUAAAUUAAAUUGUUGAGAAGGUAAAUACAUAUACGAGAGAGUUGAACUCCAUUUUUUUUUCAGCAGGCUUGAAUUUUCCUUUUUAUAACAUUUUAGCUUAAUGCGAUUUUAUAUAUUAAAUGAUGUGUAUUGGC